AGCCCCCACCGACGCCGCCGUGCCUCGUAGACUCUGCGGCGAUGCUGCUCUGCCCCGAUCCGACCGUCCGGCGGCCGCCCAAGCGGGCGUUUGCUCCUCUCCUCCUGCUGCUGGCAGAGCUGGGCUGCAGCUCCCCACCCACGUACCAGUGGAGAGAUGCUGGGACCAAGGAGAAGAUCACCUGCCAGCAGUGCCCGCCGGGGACGUUCGUGGCACAGCACUGCACCAGGGACAGCCCGACAUUGUGCUCGCCCUGCCCCGACCUGCACUACACGCACUACUGGAACUACCUGGAGAAAUGCCUCUACUGCAACGUCAUCUGCGGGGAGCGGCAGGUGGAGGUGCAGCAGUGCAACGCCACUCACAACAGAGCGUGUCAGUGCCAGGAGGGUUUCUAUGCUGAGUUGGAGUUCUGUGUGCAGCACUCCCCGUGCCCACCAGGUGCCGGAGUCGUGAAGUUGGGUUCCCCCUUUGAGAACACGCAGUGCCACACCUGCCCGCGGGGCUCCUUCUCCUCUUCCAGCUCCAGCACUGAGCCGUGCCGGGCGCACCAGAACUGCACGCAGCUGGGGAAGGAGACCAACGUGCCAGGAAACCAAUACCAUGACACCCUGUGCACCUCCUGCAGGAUGGGUGGGAGCAACAGCACGCAGGGACCAGCUCCAGAGGACGAGGACUGCGAGCAAGCUUUGAUUGACUUUGUGGCAUACCAAAACAUCCCCCUGCGGAAGCUGAAGCGCCUGCAGCAAAUCCUGGAGCGCACACCUAAAAAGCAGGCCCAGGAAACCAAGGCAGUGGCUCAGGAGAAGCUGCGGGCUGUGCUCACACACCGCAAGCAGGAGAACUCAGCCGUCAUCACAGAGCUGCUGGCCGCGCUCCGGGCCACCAAACUGACCUCCAUAGAGAAGAAGGUGCGGGAGCGCUUUCUCUCCUAGUGGGAAUACAGAAUGGACUCUUAGGGUUGCUUUUUUUCUUCUUCUUCUUUCUUUUUUACCAUGGUUUCAUUAAUUUAUUAAUGUUUCAAAAACGAACUGGAGAGGCAACGUGGAUGAGCGCUGCGUUGUGCCGCGCGUUGGGUGCUCCUCCAGUGUGCCAGGAGCAUCUGCAAUCCAUCAGCAAAGAAACACUUCCAGCAGCUCACUGCAGGCCUGAGCCUGGCUUAGUUCUGAGCUCUAUGAGUUUGGGUUUGGGCUGUCAUUGUGUAGCUGGGUUGAUGAGGCCCUUGGGUCUCAUCGUGGGUAUGGGUGGUGAUGGGUCAACAGUUGGACUGGAUGGUCUUGGAGGUCUUUUCCAACCUUAGUGAUGAUGUGAUUCUGGGAUUCAUUUGCUCUUGGCACACUGAGAAAGGAGUGGACUGCCUGAGACAGGCUGUGUGGAAGAUGUCCCAAAAGUCUGAGGUCCUGCUGGCUUUCAACUUAUUUUUGAGCUACCUGAUUUUAUACCAUGUGAGUUUUCUAAAGAAAGAAACCCAAGAGGUUAUUUUAUUACAUGAUCCUGUCACCACUGUCCUUUCCUGAUCUCACCGGGGAGAGGUGGAGCUGGGGGUCCCACUGCCUUCUGCAGGCACUGCUUAUCCUUAUGCCCACUUUGCACGUUCCUCACCUCAUGGGAACGUGACAUCAGCCACUAACAAAAGGGAACUGUGCACACAAAAAGCUCUGCACACCAAAUGGCACCGCACGCGAAGCAGCACUGCGCACAAAAUGACCAUUCAAACACAUCCCUAAGCUCAGCCCAGCUGUGUCACUGCUGGCUCUGAACCCAUGGGCACUGCCAUCAGCCACUGCUGUCCAUCCAUGCCUCGCUUCCCACAGGGCUUUUUUCAGUCACUUGUGGAUGUCACCAGCGAGCCCCAGCUGAGCACUGUGCAGCCUGUGGCAGGGAUGACACAAAGCUUGUUUCUUCUGCCUUGAAUGAGUUCGACUUUUUUAGGGUUCUUUUUGCUGAGUCGUUUCCAGGAAGAGCCUGGAGUUUGAAAUAGGAUGUUUGCCCCCAGGAAGUUGUUCAGAGCACGCUGAAACGCACGCUGAUGGGCAGUUCCUGCUCUGCCCACGUGCACCAGCGUGGACCAAUUGGGCUUGAUGACCUUAUAGGGUCUCUUCCAGUCUAAAUGAUGCUAUGAUCAGAGAGCAGGUAGCCACACUUUGGGAUGCUGGUCUGGCUCGGUGCUUUCUCCAGACAAAGAGGGUUUUUUUCUGUCCAUGAACAAAGACCUUUCUGGGGUGUGAGCCCACUGCUGAAUGGCUGCCUCCCCCUCAGGGUGUCGGGAUGCCCUGUGUUGCUUUUUCUGCCCAUAAGACAAAAUGUGGGGUUCCAAGUGAGCCCAGGUCUGAGCAGGCACUGGUUAAGGCUGAUCACAAAGCCAGACGUGUUGGUGCUCAGCCAGAUGAGUCCAUGCUCAGCCCUGAUGCUCUCAGCUCCACGUGGGCAUGCAGAGAGCAGUGCAGGAGCAGGGUCAGUGAUGCACGUGGGCUGUGCGGUGCGUUCCGUCUCACCCAGAACAACUGAGCUGGAGCAGAGCCCAGGAACACUUCCUGCAGCUGGAUGUUGGUGCUGAUAGGACUGUUUGGGUUUUUCCAGGUUGUACUGGGUUUUUUUUUUCUUUUUUUAAAGGCUGGUCUUAAUCCAUGCAGAUCUUUGCUCCAUCUAAUAGAGCAGAACUUUGUUCCCACUCUUGAGGUCUGCAAGAGCUGAGGAGCCUUGCAGACGUUGUGUGUGAUGCAGAAUGGAUGCAUGCCCUGCCCAUGGCAUGGUGUUCUGCUGCUGGGGCCCCCAAUGCCAGGUCAGAUCCUUCUCUGCUGCACCAGAGCUGUAGAUCUCAGCCAGCUGGCCUGUGUGAGGAUGCUGAGACAACAGGGGAUAACUCAGCCUAUAUCAGAUGCUACUUGGAGCUGACAUUGCCCUGCUGCUGUGAUGCAGGGCUGGUAAGGACCAGCUGUCAGUGCCAGCCUGGUAAGCAAGGCAGCUGCAUCCCUUUGUGUGGUUUCCAGGCAGGUGACAUUCUGUGCACCAUUUUGUGGUUGCGAUGGGAAGUGCCAGCCCUGCCUGCAGUGCAGUUCCAGUGGGGAUUUCUGCAUGGUGGAGCUUCUCCUUCGUGCAGGCUCUCAGAUAUCAUGGCAAGGGAUCUUCCUGAUCAACGCUGACCUUUAGAUCAGCAUGCAAAUGUGCCAGCAGGUGGAUGCUGCUUGGGUUCUGGGAAAUGGGGCUUUGCUGUGAGAUCCCACAGCAGUCCCAUGGUGCCGAAGUAACACUGCCUUCC